UUUACCCAAAGAGUACGAAUUGAAAAAAAAAUUUUUUCAAUUAUCUACAUAUCAAAAAAUAGAAAAAAUUCUUGACCGUUUUUAUUCCCACAUUAUUAUUUGUAAUUAUAAAGGAUAGUUAUAAGACUGAUGGCUUCUAAACUUUGUUUACGGACGUAACCCCGUAGACUUAUAAUGAGAAGAACUUGUUUAUCAAGUACGAAUGCAGUCCCAUUUUUAACAAGAUCCACAAAAAGAAGAUGAAUAAACAGGUUUUGGUUAUCUUGUCGAUCCACCAUGAUCUGAAAGAAAGAAAAAAAAUAGAAUGAAAAAAGGAAAAAGAAUAUGAUUCUUAAUUUUUUUUUCCUUUUUUUCCUUUUUUCCUUUUUUUUUUUUUUACCUAUUUUCGACAGAAUAAUAGCGAACUUUUUCGAUGGUAAAUAUGUACAUAUCUGAUAGAUAACAAAGAUUAAUAGAUGACGAUAUAAUAUAAUAGGCGGAUACCUUUUUAUACAUAAAUUUCUUUCUCCGAUUAAUUAUAAUUCACGUUUUUCUAUCCCCGUUAGAAUAACAUUAAGAACGUCUCGUUAGAUAAUUAUAAUUAAUAAUAGCUCGAAGAAGUAAUGUAUUGCGUUAUAUAAUCAUAGUAAUAUUUGAUAUCGUAUAGACGCCAGAUAAUAUAUAAUAUAUGAUAACCUUAGGGCGUUAUUACACUUUCACUCGAUACAUAUAUUUGAUAGAUAUAAUUGACGGAAUUUCCCAAUGUAAUUUAAAUCUUGCGCUUAUAAGAUCUAAAUCGAUGUUGCCCGUUUCCCUUCGUUUCGUGAGAAAGCCUUAGGCGAGAACAUUACGCGACAAUAAUCAAGGCUUAAGUCAUCCAAUGUCAAAGUGGAUUUGCCGUUUCUCUGACUAAUCGGGCCAGUAUUCUGCGGUUGCAAUCUUUCUAAAGUUACUUUGCACGUGAGUAAUCAUAGCUAACGUUCGUCUGCUUCACCGUAUCUCUCUCUCUCUCUCUCUCUCUCUUUAUUUUCUAUCAUCUGACUUCGCUCUUUCGUUCACGUUUUUACUGAUGAACAAAGUUUAUACCGUUUACUUGAUAUUUAUGAUAUUCACAUGUAUUAUCUUUACUGAAUUCAUUUGUCAUUGUCAUGUAAACUUUAAAUAAAUUAUUUAUUUUGUUUAAUUUAUGUAUAAUCUAUUUUGAUCAUUGAUUAUAUGAAGUCUAAAAUUAGGACGUUUACAAGUUAAAAAUAUGUAGAAGCACAUUAAAAGAACGAAGAAAUGCAUUAACAAUUCGCGAUUAUUUUACUCGGGGAUUUCCUACGUGUCGAACGUGACGUGCCUCUUAUCUCACUUCUGCCACUCUCUCUCUCUCUCUCUCUCUCUCUCUCUCUCUCUCUCUUCCUCCGUUCCUAUUAUCAUCAUCUUUGUUUAUUAUGUUUAUUUAUUGUCCGCGAUCGAAGAAAGAGGAGUCGAAAGAGAACUCGCGCAUUGUCAAUAUUUGGAUUGAGCUGAGCGUUGUUUUCAUUAGUAAGAAUCAUUGCGAAAAGUCAACGGAACGUAUAUAUUCGUUUUCUCAAUUUUCUGCCUCCCUGCAAUUAUAUUUAUUAUACAGAUACUGGUCUUAGCAUUUCGUAUAAAAAGAGAAAAAAGUAAAUAAAUAAAUAACAAAAUUGAAAUAAAAUUUGUCAGGAAAUGAAAAAAUUGUCGGUGCAAUAACACGUGACGUUUAUCGCACGUUCGAAACUUUGAAGGUACGACGAAACUAUUCGAUAAUUAUUCGGUAUGCGUUGAAGCGACGAUAGCGCGGCAGUUAUGUGACCCAGUUUUCAAAGAGGAAGCUAGAAAGAGAGAAAGAGAGAGAAAGAGCCAGGCGACAUUGCGAUCGACCAAACAGUCGGUGCGAAUAAACUCGUGCACCGACUAAACUCACGAUCGGACCGGAUACAGUUCAGACAUCUCACGACGACAGUUUCGUUCGCACCCUUCGACUUUCUUUCUUUUUUCUUAAUUCGUUGAUUUUUUUGUUCGAGGACGAGGUCUUGAUCCUUGAGACUCGUGAUUCGUAUAUUCGAGAGUUUCCUCUGAGAAUAUUCUCUACUUACAUCUGCGACCCAUCGCAAUAAUCUCGAGCAACACAUUAUCAACAAUAGUUCCUCUCAUACGAGAAUGGAUAGACGAACAGGUACAUUGCGUUCUCCACAAGUUUUACAAAGAGGGCUGAUUAAUAUGAAAUCUCUAGUUAUCGUAACCGAUCGCUUUAGUUAAGCAGUUUGCCUGAAAAACGAAGAAAGAUGACUAAAAAGGCAAGAAGAGCUUUGCAAAAGAAACAAGCAGUGGCAGCUGCCGAGGAGGCCGAAAGGAUAAGAUUGCAAUUGAUAAAGGAUAUUCAAGAAGAAAUUCACUUGGAGAAAUACAAAGCCGAACAGGAAAUUCUAUUGGAGGAGAGCCAAAUGGCUAUGCGAAAAAUCCAAUUGGAAGAGACGUGGUUCGUGACUUACGAAAAUAAAAAGGCGUUUAUGGAUCACAUUCUUGCCACCGAGAAAAUGGAAAACUGGAUUAUGUACUUAACGUGUGAAAAUUUACCAGAUGUCGCUGAAUUGUCCGAUAUGAAUACAUUCAUAUUCCUCUGGACGUUGGAGGACGAAGACGUAAACAUGGAACUGGUUGUGGAAAAAAACGAAGUCGUACAAUACUUAUUGCUGCAGCUUCAUAAAAUCAUCAAUUUCUCAUUAACGAGAUCUAUCGAUUACAUAGAAGAAUGUAAAAUGGUUAGGCAAAGUUUUAGGACGAAGUUGCAAAAUUGGAUAGACCAAGCUUGUUAUCGGCUUUUACGUCAGAUCGAGAGAGAUAUGCUUAGAGUGGAUCUGAAGAACGCGACUUAUGUCAAAAUAACGAAGCAUCUCAUUUGUUGCAUAUGGGCUUUGAUUAAGCUACCGAUCAGUAUUAAAGAAAUUCCUGAAAAAGAAAGAAAAUCGAUCGAGGUUCACUUCGAGGAAAUAAAUCUGACGAUAAAGAUACCACCGGACAUUGAUUGCUACUGUAUGGCUAUCCGUGGACUGUGGCUCGAUUACGAUCACUAUUCCGACAUUGCGACCUCUUACGUCAUGCCGGAAAUACCAGAGGAAUAUCGAAUGAAUAUGGAGAGAGAGAGAGAGAGAGAGAAUGAAAAUUUCAAAAAUUCGAAGGACAUUUCUUUUCCUCUCUCAGAUCUUAUCGCUUUUUGCUCCGAGGAAUACGAAACGAAACAGAAAAUACGCGAUGAACAAGUCGAGGGACGUCGUUUGAGGAUGGAAGAGAAAAAAGCUAUGCUAUGGAAAAUGGAGAAUCCGGCACCGGUGGUGCCGGUAAAGUUAGAUAAGAAAGGAAGAAAAACCGGUAGUCAAUAUGGCCGGAUAAAGAGACCGGAAUCGGAACAGGAAAUAGAACCGCUACCGUAUUUACCGACUCCGAACGAAAUCAUUUUGUUCAAAGAAGAGGAAUUAAGGAAGGAACUUAGAAAGUUGUUGUUUACCAAAUGCGAAAAGACGGAAGUAAAUCUACGAAAGUACAAAAUCUUAGGUGGUAUCUAUCACAUAGAUCUCCUUUAUCAGCCGCCUCAGCCUAAGGACAUGCGAAGAGAAAUAUUUCUUACCACUCUGCAAAUUCCGAAAGAACUGAAGCACGUACCGUUUUAUAAACCGUAUAAGGCACCACCGCCGGUACCGCCUACCGAGAGAACACCGGAAGUGAUCGAGAAUGAGAUGAAGGCUUUGGAAACUGCAAUGGAGGCUCUCGUAUUGGUUACGUUAAAAUUACCGGAUACGGUUUUAUGGUUCGAACCACCGUUGGUGGCUCAUUGGAUUUCUGAGAAAAAUAUUUGGUCGACCCAAGACAUCCAUGACAUAAAGUUCAACGAAGAUAAACAACAGAUCACAUUCCGCACCGGGAGAUUUGGAAUUCAUGGCCUGGCGGCAUAUAAACUGAUCAAUUUGCCAUUUCAAAGUUGGGAACUUAGGCCAGAAAUGGGAAGGAAUAGUGGCGGUGGAGUAACUCUUAACAUAACAGCUGCUACAGUUCAAGCGGAAUUUGUUGUCAGGGAGGAUUCGGUAUGUUUGAAUUCGUUGGUCGGAGGCACCUCGUCGGCGCUUCAAAAUAUCGUUGGCAUAUAUAUGAAGUUGAACUUUUUAAUAGACAAAAUGCGAGAAGGUGGCUGCGAUUUAUUUCCGGAACGAGAUGCGGCAAGUUACAUAAAAGGACUUUCCGUGAAGCAUCCAGUAGCCCAGAAACAUUUGCAAGAAUGCAUAGGUCUAUUGUGUAUGGCUUAUACAUUUUCCUGGUCUAGGUGGAACGUGAAGAGAUGUUCGCGUGAAAUCGUCCUGCAAUUUAAAGAACUUCAUGGAUGCGUCGCCAAAGAGCGUACCAAUAUUACACUUUUAGUGACGCCUUCUCAAACGAUUGCUGUUCAAUGUACCGAGAUCAGCCCAGAAUUUUCCAAUGUUCCUAUAGAUGGCGAUAGUGCGAAGUUUUACGCCGAUCUAUAUCAUUUGGCAUUGCAUAAUGCUGGAAUAAAAAGUCGUCUGCUGAUAAAAGAUAUCUCGUACAAGCUUGCUCUAACGGUCACAAGAUUGCUAAAAAGUACUAACGUGAUAAGUAUGUCCUCCUAAAACUCUCUUUUAUCUCCUAUUUAAUAACUUUAUCGUCGACGAGAAUCACCGAAUAAAGGAAAAAAUAU